GGAGAGGAUCAACAUAGUGAUGUCCCCUGCCUCUGUUUCUGGACACUCACAGGAAAAAAGAUGGCAAGACAGAGGAACCCAAAAAGGAUGACAAAAAAGAAGAACCAAAGGAGGUGUGGAUCAUGGACCCCGCCACAGAUACGUACUAUUACUGGCUGUGCACAAUAUCCAUCCCAGUGUUCUACAACCUGAUGCUCCUGGUGGCCAGGUCUUGUUUUAAUGAACUGCAGUUUGGAAACCUAACACUGUGGCUGGUUUUGGACUACACCUCAGAUGUCCUCUACUGCAUGGACACCUUUGUGAGAGCCAGGACAGGGUUUCUGGAGCAGGGUCUUCUUGUAAAGGAUGCAAAGGUCCUGAAAGAAAAGUACAUGAAGACACGGCAGUUCAGAUUAGACGUCAUAUCAGUUAUUCCCACAGAUAUUGUAUUCCUCAAAAUUGGAAUCGACAACCCAGAGUGGAGGUUCAACCGUCUCUUUAAGUUAGCCCGACUCUUUGAGUUCUUUGACCGGACGGAAACACGAACGAAUUUCCCCAACAUCUUCCGAAUUUCUAAUCUCGUGCUUUACAUCAUCAUCAUUAUCCACUGGAACGCUUGUCUCUACUUUGCCAUCUCCAAGGUGCUCGGCUUUGGCUCAGACACCUGGGUAUAUCCAAGCGUAGAUAAUCCAGAGUUUGCUCGCCUGGCCAGGCAGUACAUCUACUGCUUUUACUGGUCCACUCUUACCCUGACCACUAUUGGUGAGACACCACCCCCAGUCCGAGACGUUGAAUACUUCUUUGUAGUAGUGGACUUCCUUACUGGGGUUCUAAUCUUUGCUACAAUUGUAGGCAAUGUCGGUGCCAUGAUAUCCAACAUGAGUGCUGCACGAGUAGAGUUCCAGUCUAAGAUUGACUCUAUAAAGCAAUACAUGCAAUUUCGGAAGGUCACGAAAGAUCUGGAGGUAAGAGUGGUGAAGUGGUUCGACUACCUGUGGACAGAGGAGAAAACCUGUGACGAGAAGCAGGUGCUGAAGAACCUGCCAGACAAGCUCAAGGCGGAGAUAGCCAUCAACGUACAUCUGGAGACAUUGAGGAAAGUGCGGAUCUUUCAAGACUGUGAGGCAGGUUUGCUCAUUGAGUUGGUCCUUAAACUUCAGCCUCAAGUGUUCAGUCCUGGAGACUACAUCUGUAAGAAGGGGGACAUUGGCAGGGAAAUGUAUAUCAUCAAAGGAGGAAAGCUGGCUGUAGUCGCAGAUGAUGGGGUCACGCAGUUUGUGGUCCUCAGCGACGGGGCCUACUUUGGAGAAAUCAGCAUCCUCGGUAUCAAGGGCAGUAAGGCAGGAAACCGAAGGACAGCCAACAUCCGAAGCGUGGGUUACUCGGAUCUGUUCGCCCUGUCCAAAGACGAUCUGAUGGAGGCUCUCAUUGAGUACCCCGAUGCUAAGAAUGUGCUGGAGGAGAAGGGGAAGUCUAUCCUGAUGAAAGAUAAUCUCAUAGACGAGUCACUGGUAGCUGUUACUGACGCCAAAGACUUGGAGAACCAAGUCAAUAAGGUUGAAGCCAGUUUGGAGGUCAUGACGGCCAAAUUUAGAAAGUUGACAGCCCAGUAUGAAUCUUCCCAGCGUAAACUCAAACAACGGCUCUGUAAUAUGUCGAACCAGGUCCGAACCCUCGGAGGAGACAAUGAGUAGAUCUUGUCUAUUGUAGGAAGGACUCUUUGUUCACACCACAUGAGCAGCAGCUCUUAAACAGCAUGAGCCUUGAAAGUUGACCUUUCUCAUAACACAGACAUUCAGAUGGCCAGGUAACACAAUACCUAACUGAAUUCUGUUCCUCCUGAAUAUCCAAAAGCUGCCUGGUACCACAAUAGGGUAUGGCAUACCUGGUCAC